AAGUAAAAACAGUGAAAACUACAAACAUUGGACAGAAAGUACUAUUGAAUGUGCUGUGUUUGUAAGUUUUGACCAUUGAUUGAAUCCAUUUGCUGUAAGCUUGAAUAGAAGCUUUACAAUUGAAACGUGCUUCUAAAUUUAAAUACUUGGUAACAACAGUUUUGAUCAUAAUCAUUGAGCAAAAACUUGCAGCUCGGUUGCGAUGGAUGAAAUAAGAGCAGAUGCAGCAGGAAAAGCAGAAAAAUCAGAAGACGCAGAAAGAGCAGAGAGACUUAAACGGUGGGCUGGCAACCUUUUGGAUGCUGCUCCUUUAGACGGGGACAAUUUUGUCGAGGCGAUUGCUGGAGGACUGGCAGACAAGCUUGGGCUAAAACUCACAGGCGAAGUCGCUCAGAAGUUAGCGCAUACAUUGAGCUACGUUUCUUUACUUGAGUUUUCCUAUCACGUCAUAGGAAUUGGCAGCUCACUUCCUUCGAUGGAUUUAACUGCACUUACUCUAGCUCAAAUUAAAAAGACACUUGAGGAUAUCAAAAAAAUGAUGAAAAUCGUCCUCGCAACUCCCCUCAAGACUGCUGGCAGCAAGACAUUGAGUGCCAUCAACUAUUUGGAAAACAAUCAAAUCAGAAACGCUGUUAAGCAGUUUUGGGACGCUAAAAACGAUGCUCAACAAGCGUUAGUGUACGCUAAAGGCCAAGGAAACAGUAUAGAAAAUCUAAGAGAAGUUGCAAAAGCGACUCAGAUUAUAGUCCUAGCUAAGUUUUGCAUACUGUCCCAUGACCCGAAAAGCGACACCAUCGAACCAUUUUUUGUUCUCGACGAUGACAAAAAAAGGGCAAUAGCUAACGAACUUGAACGGGAUUGCAAAGAAUUUCUCGAGUACCACAAAUCUAUCAAAGUGGGUUUGCUUGACUUCUGGCACAUUAGCGCUAAGAACAAGGAAAUAGAGUCAAUGAAGAACACGUUAUUGAGGCAAUUGUAUCCCUACAUAUCUGAAGGUAAAAAAUAUACGAACGCAAAUGAAGAGCUUCCACCGGGCGCUGAAAUAGAGUGCGAUUCUCAGCUGAUGCCUGAUGGGCAUGAAAAUGCUACUAAACUUAUACUAGGCUUCAGAGAAACUGAAAAGAAUGAAAAGAACAAAAUCGUGGAGUCGUUUUACAAAGACAAAGACGGAUUCGUUGUUUCUGUCGAAAAAACUACUGAUAUUCGGUUCGAUAUUGGGUUCUAUCAUAAAUUGAAAGAUGGAAUUAAAAUUAGGCCUUUUAAAUUUUUCGUGCUAUCUCCGGAGGUCAUGGGAGACAUGAAGUUUAUAAGAACAACUGACCAGGAGACAAUUUUCUACGCUAAAAAAUUGGAAUUUCGCCGGAAUAAAAACGUAAAGGUUGAGAUAUACCCAAUUUCCCUGGCGUUCUUCUUGUACAAGUCAGCUAAGAACGUCUGGUGCUGUUCUCCUAGUGUAGGAGAAGAUGAUACAUUUCACAGCUGUUCAUUGAGGAACACGACUGUUCAAGACCAAGAGGAGACAUCAGAACUUCCACCACUGAGUGGCUGGGAAUACUUCAAUCAAGACGGCGAGUGGAAAUUGUAUACAGAUGAGUUGCCCAUUGACUCAUUUGCGACCCUUGAUUCUUUAGAUUGCUCCCGUUUUAUUGCAAAACCAUGGGCAGCCUUGGACCGAUCAAAGUACAAAGAUGAAAUUAUCAUCACCGCUUCGGUAGAAAACAUUGUAGGUGCUUGUUCACUCGUUUGCGGAGUAUACAAAUACGGGGUACACGAGGCAAAGGAGCACAAUUGCAAGUUAAUUGAAGCUUACAAGAAAUCAAGCAAAAACGACGUUUUAAUGUACAAAACAGAUGUACAAAACAUCAGGAAAGUGAAAGUGGAGCAUCGACAGGAAAGUUUCAUAUACAAAACAGAUGCAGGAAAGUGGAGUAUCGACAGUGUUUUGGGAAAUUCUUCUCCCAUGUAUUCAAAUGACUCCGCGCCAAACAGCUAUUGGCCUCCUGCAACUGGAUGGAAGCAUUACUUUGGAUUUAAACUACCGAUUGAGUUGAGAAUCAAAAUAAAGGAUAUAUAAAAUUGCUGAACUUAAAUCUGCCGUGAAAACACUUCGAGAAAGAUCUGCAUUUGCUUUUAGAAUUACGUUAAAGAAAUAAACUUAACAUUUUCUUUGCUUACUAACAUUGAUUUGAAUUAGAACAUGUAUCCGUUUC